CUCCAGCUCUGGUUUCUGCUCCACGACCCUGGAAGCUGGAAACGGACAGAAAGCUGCAGAAACCCGGCUGACAGGACCAUGGUUCCCUUCAUGUUGCUUCUCCUCCUGGUUUCACAUGUGCUGCUCAGCUCGACGCAUGUAGCCAUGAUCUCCCCCCAGGAUCCAGUCCUGCGUAUCGGCUCCAGCCUGACGGCCUCCUGCUCGCUGAGCCCUGAUCUCGGCCUCCACGCCUCCACCUUGUUCUGGACGCUGAACGGUCUUCGUCUGUCCAGCAGCAGCUACAGCGUGGUUUCCUCCAGCGUCCUGAGCGUCACCCUGCACCGCCUGAACGGAUCCCAGCAGCAGUCUGGAGACAACCUGGUGUGUCACGGAGCAGAUGGACACGUCCUGGCAGGUUCCUGCCUCUAUGUGGGCAUGCCUCCAGAGAAGCCGGUCAACUUGACAUGUUUGUCUCGCAACACGAAGGACUUGAGGUGCAGGUGGAGCGUCGGCGGUCUGGGCGAGACCCACAUCCGAACCAAAUACAUCCUCAAGUACAAGCUGAGGUGGCAUGGAAAGGAGAAGGAGUGUGAGGAUUACGGCUCAGGAGAGCAGCGUUACUCCUGCUACAUCCCCCACAACAUCGCCCUCUUCACCCCCUACGAGAUCUGGGUGGAGGCGACCAAUCAGCUGGGCUCGGCCACCUCUGACAUCACCACCCUGGACAUCCUGGAUGUAGUGACCACCGAUCCUCCUGCCAACGUUCAGGUGAGUCGAGUCGGCGACCUGGACGACCAGCUGACGGUCCGCUGGUCCAGCCCCCCCGAGCUCAAGGACGUCCUGUUUCAGGCCAAAUAUCAGAUCCGCUACAGGCUGGAGGACAGCGCAGACUGGAAGGUGGUGGAUGAUGUCGGUAAUCUGACAUCAUGUCGGCUGGCGGGUCUCCAGCCUGGAACUGUCUAUUUUGUCCAAGUGAGGUGCAACCCGGUCGGCAUCUUUGGCUCCAGGAAGGCUGGAAUCUGGAGCGACUGGAGCCACCCGACUGCUGCCUCCACGCCCAGCAGCGAGCGGCAGCCGAGCAGCUCUUGCGAUGCGAAGCCCGGCGAGCAAAACUCCACCCUGCGGCGGGAGCUCAAGCAGUUCUUCGGCUGGAUCCGGAAGCACGCGUACGGCUGCAGCGGCAUGUCCAUCAAACUGUACGACCAGUGGCGGGUGUGGCUGCAGAAAUCGCACAAAGCACGCAACCAGGGUCCGUGUAUAUUUUGGCAAUUGGAUUUUCCGUUCUGAAACGGGUAUUGAAAAACAAAAAACGAGUGGUUAUUUGAUUUUCGUUUUAAAAUACAAAAAUUAAAAUUGAAAUAAAAGGCGUUUUUGCUUUUCAUGUUCAAAAACGGAUAUACGAAAUUUUAAAAAUGCUUUGAUUUUCAUUUUAUAUUUAGAAUAACAAAACAGUAAAAUCAGUAAGAGACAGAAACGAAAAAGGUCCGUUUUUUCAUUUUCUGAGACCGGAAGUGGUCAUCAGCAAGUGUGGAGCCAAACAGAGUACGGUGCAUAGACUGGAUAUAAUUUUGUUUUUGGUUAGUUUUCAUGGUCAAAAUGAGAGAUCAGGUGGCUGAUCUUAAAAUAAAUCAAUAUUGAUUUUUUUA